AAGGGCGUUAUUCGAAAUUAUUAAUUGGUAAAUGGAAACCAUUAAAACAAGAUGAAGUUGUCGAUGAUAAAGAAUUAGUAAAUGUUGAUAUUGUCCUUAAAGUUUUGAAGGGAUCGAAAAAUUUUAAUUCCACAUUUCUUAAUGAAUUCAGAAUAAAUUAUCAAAUUUAUCAACUUCUUGGAGAGUAUGCUGUACCUUUCUAUGGUUUAACGAUACAUCCAGAAACUAAAGACUAUGCGAUGGUUAUGAAACACGCAAUUCAUAGUGAUCUCAGGAAAUUUAUUGAUAAGUCUGAACUAACAUGGCCAAAGAGAGUAGAAAUUCUUUCUAAAAUUGCGAAGUCUUUAAAUGCACUUCACGAAUUAAAUAUAAUUCAUUGUGAUUUUCAUUGCGGAAAUAUCCUCGUUGACGACGAAACAAAAAUAUUUAUUCGCGACUUUGGGUUUUCAGAUUCAUCAGAUUCCGAAUCAAAUGAUUCAAAUUAUGGCGAUUCAAGAAUUGGCAUCAAGAAAGAGAAGGACCCUGAAAAAGAACCUGAAAAGAAAUGUGAGCAUGAGAAAAAGUAUAUUGAUAGAAGAUAUGUAACUCAAAUAUACUCCUUUAAACUUGAAGGUAAAUAG